AUGAGACUUGUUUGGAUUGGACUUUUAGUACUACUUUGGGUAAAUUUGGCAUCAGGUAUGUCAUUACUCAAGCAGGACAACUCCUUGAUGAGAAACUUCCAGGUGGUGUCAGAGGCAACCGUUGCAGGAAUUGAUAUGAUCAGCGAUAUGACCAUGAGCUUUGAGCAUAACAAGAUCAGGACCCAAUACACUACCUUCAGUGGAGAGAUGCCAGCAUUUGAUGUGAUCAUUGAUUUUAAUGAAGGACUUACUUACCAAUACUUCAACUUGACUGGUGAAUGCAAAGUAAGCAAAGCUCCUGUUAUUGAUCUUGCCGAAUACUACACUCUCCUUCUUACAAACUUUACUGAGUUCAGAGGGUACAGAGGAGAGCACUUAGAGGUCUAUGAAGUGAUGCAUCCUGAAGAAGAUGGAGCCAGAACUUGGAUAUACGGAACUACUAUUGGAGAAGGAGAUCAGAGCGUUUUCCUUCCAACUAAAUUCCAGACCCACUAUCCUUCCCCAACUGAAGAGGAGAUCUACAAUUAUGCUGGAACUUUCUUAGAUACACUCAGCACUCCUAGUGUUUCUUCUGAUAUUUUCGAAUAUGAGGCUUGCGAACAGCCAGAAGAAGGAAAUUUGAAAAUGGUGCCUUCUCUAAGCUUGAUGGGGAUCAUCCCAGGCUUAUUUUAAAAGCAUCCAGAUUGCAUUUCUCUAAUCUUGAUACAAGAUACCUAGCUAUCUGUAAUAAUAUUUCGACUAAAUUAUGCCCUCUCUU